CUCGAAUCAUGCCCACUUAUUCUAUCUCGAUCAUGUCGAUGUUCAAAACUAGAAAGAGAUCGCCACUGCUUUGGGUCAGGUACAUGAGGGAUAUGGAUGAGCCACAGGAACAAUCGUCACUUUUUGGUAUCAGGUACCGGUCUAAACCUAUUCGGGUAACUCCCUCCACGGCCUCCCCCGGUCUCCGCGGGGACUAAACCCGAUACUAUCAGGCAUUGAUUUUGAGAUUGAAGUAUAAGACGAGCGAUGGCUGACCGGCCUCAUCAGCAAUCCACUUUCAAUCCAAGCACUUUUCCAAGCAGUUUAUCAUUAUGCCUGCUGUACAGAAGGUGAGCUUACUCUCUUCACCUACAUGAUCUUACUAACAUGCCUCAUCAGGCCAUCAUCAUCGGUGCAGGUCCCGCCGGCCUUGCUGCCGCCCUCCAACUGCACCGUAACAACAAUAUCGCCGUUACCGUAUACGAGUUACGCCCGGAACCUACCACCCUGGGUGGUGCUAUAGGCCUAUUCCCAAAUGGAAUGCGCUUGGUCCAUCGACUAGGGCUACAUGAGGAUGUCGUCGCCCGCGGAUUCUCCGUCGCCGACAUGGAGAUGCACUCUCUGCCAAAUAGUGACAUUGCCAAGGUCGACAUCUGUCGCUGGGCAAGCCGAAAAACUGGCUUCGGAUACUUGCGUAUUCGUCGCAAAGACCUCCAGGGUGUUCUUCUUGACGCCGUUGCAAAAGACCAAAUACCUGUCCACUACAACAAGCGCAUUGUCUCCGUCACCGAGUCGCCAACAGAUGUCACCGUGACCUUUUCCGACGGCUCAACUGAUACAGCAGAUAUCCUGCUCGGAUGCGAUGGACUUCACUCUAGUGUCCGUCGACUGCAUGUCGACCCGUCCAUUGUGCCCGAAUACUCCGGUAUCGCGGGAACGCAGUCCGUGAUUGACUGCACAGGCCUUCCGGAGGAGCUGAGUACGCAUGCCAACGCCUUUCUCACUCGCACGGGUAUUUUGGCCAUGAUGCCGUGCUCUCCGUCUGGCGAUAAGCUCUUCUGGUUCUUCUCGCGGGAAACGCCUAUCCCUCACUCGGAAUCCGGCAAUGCGCGAGACGGGUGGGAGGAGCGACGUCAAAAAGAGGUUGCGGAGUACAAGGACACCAUUCUGAAGAUCAUCGGAGAAGGCCAGGGUAAAUGGCCGGAGGCAUUGACGGAGAUGGUGAAUCGGACGGACGUCGUUGGGUUUUAUCCCAUCUUCCGGCUCCCGCUGGGCGGGAAGUACCAUACAUCUCGAACGGUGCUGCUCGGAGAUGCAGCGCAUGCGAUGCAGCCUCAUGCGGGCCAAGGAGUGUCCAUGGCAUUGGAGGAUGUGUUUCUGCUAUCGAGGUUACUGAAAGACGAUCAGCGGAGCUUGGAAGAUGCAUUUGCCAAAUACGAGGCGAUCCGCAGACCGCGCAUCACGGAGAUAUACAAUCUGGCUGCCAAGAACGGAAAGAAGCGAAAAGAUGUCAGUCCGUGGGGGUUGUGGGUGAAGGAGUAUAUGGCAUGGGCUGCUUAUGGACUAUAUAACCGAUUAGGGUUGGAAGCUUUGGGAAUUGGUCAGAAGCAUUUGGUCUAUGAUAUUGACGAGGUGAAGAUCUGAUUGAUUGAUCGGGACUGGAAAUCCCUCUU